AUGUUCAAGUACUCUGCCUUGCAAUCGGUUGCCAGAACCUCAAUCAGAUACUACUCUACAGCCGUAAAACAUCAAGGUCCAACAUUGAUCCCUGGUGAUGGUAUUGGACCAGAGAUUUCAGACGCUGUCAAGACUAUCUUUGCCGCUGCAAAGGCACCAAUCGAGUGGGAGACAGUCAAUGUCAACGCUCAGACUGGAGUGUCAACAGAUGUGAUCGAGUCGAUCCGUCGCAACAAGGUCGGUCUGAAGGGCCCACUGGCCACACCCAUCGGCACUGGCCAUCAGUCGCUCAACCUGGCACUGCGCAAGACUUUCAACCUGUACGCCAACGUCCGUCCAUGUCUAUCGAUCCCAGGCUUCAAGACCCGCUACGACGACGUCGACACCGUCGUCAUCAGAGAGAACACCGAGGGUGAGUACUCGGGAAUUGAGAACAUGCCAGUCAAGGGCGUUGCCCAGAGCAUCAAGGUCAUCACACAGGAGGCUUCGGCUCGCGUCGCCAACUACGCCUUCCAAUACGCCAUUGCCCAGGGCAGAAGCAAGGUCACAUGCAUCCACAAGGCCAACAUCAUGAAGCAGUCCGACGGUCUCUUUGUCAAGACCUGCAGAGAGGUCUCCACUCGUUACCCAUCAAUCAAAUACGAAGAGAUGACCGUUGAUAACAACUGCAUGCAGUUGGUCCUCAACCCAUCCAAGAUGGACGUCAUGGUCUUGCCAAACCUUUAUGGUGACAUUCACAUCACCAAGGAUUUGGGUGGCAAGUCCGGCACUGCCGAUUUCACCAAUGCCGUCUGCUCCAAGUUGAACUAA